CUAUUAAAAGCUUAUGAAUAAAGCGUCACUUGAGAAUCAGACGCGUCGCUUUCAGGAGAAUAUUUAAACAUGUUUUAUUUUUUUUAAAUUUAGCACUUAAAAACAUUUCCUUUAAUCCACCGCAUAAAAAAAGGAGAAAACACUUGAUUGGUUGGUGACGAGCUUCUCCCCUCCCCUGAGACAUAAAAUGGAAUGUUUGAGCAUGGUAUGACUUUAGCAGAAGUGGGUUAUUUCUCCUCCCGGAUGAAUCAAGGCACCAAGACUACAGCUGAGCUCUGCCUCCUCAUGGCACUUUGGUAUCUAGCGCUGCUCACUACCAGCCAUGCCCUGUGUCCAAGUCACCAGAGAUCUUACACCCCAGCAGAUGGCAAAGAGAUCUGCUGUGAUUCCUGUGCUGAAGGUGAGGAAAUGAGAGAACGUUGCACCAGCGCUAAUCCUAAACCAACAUGUGCACCGUGCCCAGAAGGAUUCUAUAACCCACCAAGAACAAUUUACAAAUGCAAGGUCUGCAAUCCUUGUGAUAAAGGAAGCAUUGAAGUGAAACCAUGUGACAAAUCCUCUGAUGCUGUCUGCAAAUGCCCAACUGGAAGUGAAUCAAAAAAUAACAUGGAGACAGCAUGUCUGUGCAAAAAAGGGAAUCACAUAGUAGCAAAUCAAUGUGUUCCCUGCCCACAAGGACACUUCUCAAGUGACGACAACAGCAAAUGCCGCCCAUGGACCAAUUGCAGUGCAACAGGUGAAGAACAGAAGGAACCCGGUUCCUCAACUAAAGAUGUAGAAUGCGCCAGGACCAAAACCUCACCCAGCCAAGUUUUUCGAAGCCUUCCGUCAACAAUGGCUCCUGUUCCAGGCAAUACAACCACUAGUCACCCAAGGGCCACUGAGAGGAAAUUUGUCGUUAAUAAUGCUACACCUGACAAUAACAGCUCUGCCAAUUGGAAGUUCCUGUCCUUGAUCCUCAUUGCAGUCAUCCUGCUUAUGGUCUCUGCCACCGUCUUUUUAAUCAUGUCUAUUCAUAUGUGUCAAAGAAAGGAAAAGAAAAAAUUCAAUGGUUGCAAAAUUCCUAUACAAGAGGAGACGGAACCCUGUCUUACCAAGCAAAUCACAGUGUAACGGGCAGCUGGGAAACCCAUACCCAGUGUUAAACACACACUAUAAAUACCUGCUGGCAUCCAGCAAUACUUUAAUAUAUUAGGACCCGACAAACUGCUGUCUCCUUUGCAAGAUGCACCUGUAGAGAAACAGACAAAUGGGUUCGUGAACACAGAACCUCAGCUUUUUCUGCCGUCUUUAUUCAUGAAGAACUCAGACUUUUUUCCGUUUACAGACAUUUACACUUUUACUGGCCAUUCUGGGACAAGAUUAAGGAGCAAUGUCUUGCACAAUAAGGGUAUUUGUUUCACAGGUUAUAUUUGUUUGACCCCACUUCCUACACGACUAUGGGCAAUAACGCUGAUCACAUUUCUAUUUUAAAAGAAAAGAGCAACUGAGAAAAUGCAUAAAAAAUGUGUUCAGAUAUAUGGCAUGUAAUAAGCACUAAGUAGGAAAAAAAUGUGUAAUAUGUUGUAUAUACCGUAUAUACUCGAGUAUAAGCCGUCCAGAGUAUAAGCCGAGGU